AAAAUUUCACAGAUUCAACUCUCAUAAGCAGGAGACAUGACCGAGGAGCCACUGCAAACCGACUAUGGUGAAUACUAUGAAAAUGACAAAGAUGGUGAUGUUGCACAGCCAUGCAACAACCGCAACACAGAGGCAUUCAGUGAAGUUUUUCUUCCCACCCUGUACAGCAUAGUCUUCAUCAUUGGCUUCAUCGGGAACGGCCUGGUAGUGUGGGUCCUCAUCAGAUACCGUCGCAAAUCCAAUAUGACAGACGUGUGCCUCUUAAACCUCGCCAUCUCUGACCUGUUCUUUCUCGUGUCACUUCCCUUCUGGGCUCAUUCGGCAAUGGCUGACUGGAUCUUUGGUAAAUUCAUGUGUCAUACCGUAACGGGCCUUUACACGAUGGGUCUCUACGGCAGUAUCUUCUUCAUGGUGCUUAUGACAGUGGAUCGCUAUCUCAUCAUCGUCCAUCCCCACAGUAUCUUUUCCAAGAACCGCUCUGCUCAAAUGGGUUUGGUUCUGGCUUCGUUCGUGUGGAUCCUCAGCCUGUUUGCAUCUCUUCCAGAUAUUAUAAUUGCCCAUGAGUCCAAGGAGAUGAAUAAUUCGACAUAUUGCAGAUCAUACUAUUCAAGUGAUGUCAUGAAGACUUUUAUUUACUUUAAGAUAAACGUCUUGAGCCUGUUUCUUCCUCUGAUUAUAAUGGUUUAUUGUUACGCACGGAUCAUCCCAACUCUGAUAAACCUCAAAUCACAGAAACGACACAAAAUCAUCAGACUCAUUCUGGCUGUGGUGGCUGUUUAUUUCCUCUUUUGGACACCAUACAACAUUACCCUAUUACUUCUCUUCAUGCAGACAAAAGGCUACCUGGAUACUUGUGAGUGGGAUAAUAGUUUGAGUCUGACUAUGCAAUGGGUGGAGACUAUCGCCUACAGUCACUGUUGCCUCAAUCCCAUCAUCUACGGCUUUGUUGGAGAGAAAUUCAGAAGAGAAGUCAUAAAGGUGAUAAAGGAGCAGUUUCCUCUGUGCUUCAGACGAUGCUCAUCUUUCUCACAACAGUUAUCUGAACGCAGAGCCUCGACCUUCUCAAGAUCAACUGAAUAUUCAAGUACACAUAUGUAGUGCAUUACUGAUUCAGUAUGAAAUUAU